CCUCCUGAAUUGUGCGAUAGAAUCAUCGACUUCUUGCACCGUGACCAUAAAGCUCUCGAAGCGUGUAGUCUAGUCUGCAGAGCCUGGAUUCCCGCGAGUAGAUUCCAUCUUUUUGAGUGCAUCCAUUACGGAGUACUAGCAUGGUCGUCGUCUCGAGCCAUGGUCGACCUCCUCGACAGCUCUUUUUGCACGUUAUUCAAAUAUGUACGUGAAAUCACUAUC